AUGGAGCUUGAACACAAUGCUUUUUGGGCCAUCAAGAAGUUGAAUUUUGAUCUGGACAAGGCCGGCCAUGUUAGAAAGUUUCAGCUCAAUGAAUUGGAAGAAAUUCGACAUGAAUCCUAUGAGAAUGCAAAGCUAUACAAAGAACGUACCAAGAGUUACCAUGACAAGAACAUUCAACGGAAAGAAUUCACUAAAGGAAAAUUGAAGUCUAGGUGGCUUGGCCCAUUCACCGUGGUCAAUGUAUCUCCCUAUGGAGCUGUGGAGAUUCAAAGUCCUAAAGAUGGCUCGACUUUCAAAGUAAAUGGACAACGUUUAAAGCCAUUCUAUGAGGGAGUGUCAGUUUGA